GUCGCGAGCGUAGAAAUUACUGACAGCUCCUCUCAGAGGCCACCCAGCUUUGUUUUUAUGCUGCGUUCGACGAAGUUCGCGGCCCAGGAAAGCCGCGCGUUGUUCUAAAUUUGGACGCCUCCUCUCAUGGUUAGCUUGCCUGCUGUCCGCCUGAACUGGAACAGCGAGGCACCCCGUGCGGCCAAACGAACAGAUACAAGUCAUGUGACCUUAAAAAUCGUCUGCAUUGAACUAGGCCUAAAAUUCCUGCACAGUACGCGAGGCUCAUGAUAACAGUGUGUCAACUCACGAUAAUCUUCAUGUAAUUCCGACCGAGAAGUUCGGCCUAAUCCAGUAUGGCUGCCGAGUCUGGAGGCAGCGUCGCCUACCAGGAUUCCAGCGAUUUCCAGGAGUGCUCUAGCAGAGAGGAGCAGCUAACCGAAUCCACUAAGGUUGAAUUGGCAAACCUGGUCACGUUGGUGCCUUCGCAGGCUGAGAGCAGCAGCUUUGAUUUGUCCACGAACCAGCAGACAUUGCCAACUAGUGAGGAGUUUGCCGAAGACGAGCGCUCAAACAAUGACAGUGCAUCGUGGCAGGAUGGUGACACUGAUCUGAUGACCGAGUGUGCAAGCUCCGAGUUCUCAUGCCCUCCGUUUCUGGAAGUGGACUUCUCAGACCUACAUUUUUAUGAGCGGUGUGGAGGUGGUGCUUUUGGGAGUGUAUAUCGUGCUAAGUGGAAGUCUCAAAACCUCCAAGUGGCUGUGAAGAAGCUUCUAGUCCUGGAAAAGGAGGCACAAGUUCUGAGUGUGCUGAGCCACAAGAACAUCAUAACGUUUUAUGGGGCUGCCACCAAGGCGCCAAAUUUCUGUAUUGUCACAGAGUAUGCAGAACAUGGCUCCCUGUAUGCUUUUCUGGCAAUGCAAGAGAAUGACUCCAUGCUGAGCUUUGGUCAGAUUCUUCUCUGGGGCAUUCAGAUUGCUGCUGGUAUGCACUACCUGCACGAAGAAGCACCCAUUAAAGUCAUUCAUAGAGACCUGAAAUCUAAGAAUGUCGUUAUAUGCUCAGACUACACGUGCAAGAUAUGUGAUUUUGGUGCUUCUCGUUUCCUGGGUGCUACAACGAGAAUGUCACUAGCAGGAACGCUGCCUUGGAUGGCCCCUGAGGUGAUCCAGUGUUUGCCAUCUUCAGAGACAUGUGAUGUCUGGUCUUUCGGUGUGGUUCUUUGGGAGCUGCUCACCCACGAAGUUCCUUUCAAGGGCAUAGAAGGAUUUCAAGUGGCUUGGGCUGUUGUCGAAAAGGAAGAGAGACUCACCAUUCCAAGCACCUGCCCUGCUGCAUUUGGAAAUUUAAUGACUGCCUGUUGGAAGACAGAUCCCAAGGAAAGGCCCCCAUUUUCUACCAUACUGCAACACUUGAAUGCUAUGAGUGAAGAUGACUCCUUGUGUAGCCUUGCAUCUGCAUAUUUAAGUCAGCGUAGUGUUUGGAAGCAGGAAAUCGAAUCCACUUUGGAGUUGAUGAAGCGUGCCGAGCGUGACCUCAGUCAAAAGCAAAAGCAGUUGGAAGAAUGGGAAAGCCGUUUGCAGCAGAAGGAGCAGCUUCUCGAGCGACGCAGAGGUUGCAUGGAGCUAUAUGUUCAUGAUGUGAAUACUUGGACUGUGGAUCAUGUGUUUCUCUGGGUUCAACAAUUGGGAUGUGAUGAUGCCACCAAGGACUUAGAGCAGUAUGCAGAGCUGUUCCGCAGCCAGCAGAUUCCAGGCAAACGACUGCUCCUUCUCACUGUGGAACACUUGAAGGACAUGGGCAUUGCCCCCUUGGGACACAGACUGGCACUGAUGGAUGAGAUUGAGAAGCUUGCCAUGGAAAACAGACGCAAGUUUGAAAUGUCACAGCGUGAGUCCAUGAGCCAUGGCCAGUACCUCCUCCACCUUUGGGUCGUCUGCGCUGGGAUCAGCAAGCUUUGCAUCAGUGACAACGUCCUUUGGUUCCUGGGAUCCAGAAUGCCAUCGGUGCCAAUGUCUAUCUCAGAGCCAAUGCUCCUGCGACUCACACUGCUGUUUGGCAGCCACGUUCGGCUGGGUGCGAGUCCCCGUGAACACAAGUGGAAGGCAUUCGUGGAGUUGGACACGGGCGAAACGCAUUUGGCCAGUGACGCAGCUGCCCGCUGCAUCAGCAACGUCACCUUUGAGUGUGCCCAGUCUGGCCUUUUCCUCACACGUAUAGCCCAGCCACCAUUUGUGAUGGACCGAUGGUGCAUUGGCAUUACUCCGGAAACAGUCGUGACAUGCGUCGUAAAUUAUGAGCUCUGCGUACUGGAGCCACGGUCAACGCUGCUGAGCCACCGGGUGCGCCCAGAAGGAAGUGCACCCGAACAGAUUGAGGUGGUCCUGAGGCUAUCUGCACUGUCUCCCCGCCGUGAGGAUGCCUCACGGUCCUCCUCCCGGCGAGAGGCCCACUCGGCUCCGUCCAGAGCACGCCGCCUCUCAGAGGACCUGCUGCCCGAGGCCUGGCGUCAGCGCAGCAGCCUCUUUGACAGCUUCUCUCCAACUCGAAGGCCCACGCAUCGCCGAUCACGUUCCGGUGGUGACGGCUGCUGGGGUGCAUCGAUGCUGUCAGCAGCACGUAGUGGCUCUCCGCUGUCUUUUGCGCCCCGACGGCUGCUGUCAUCGCCUGCCGGUGGAGACCUGUCGAGCGAAGAAGAGGAGGAAUGCCUGGCCCACCUCGCCUCAGAGCUCGGAGGCAGCGGCACUGCUUCGACCGGGAGAAGCCGCCUCAAGGAGCACCGGCGCCACCGGCUGGCAUUCUCUCUUCACUCCAGCUCGGAGGACUCCCUGAGUGACCAGGGCACCUCUAGUCUCCGGUCACACUCUCUCGCAGGAAAUGCCACUGCGGACCAUUGGGGAAAUUUCUUUCGCUUUUUCAGACUCGCUGAGAGCUGUUCACGACAUGAAGAGGAGCGGCAUCGGCGAAACAGCACGCCCACUCGGCGUCGUGAUCCCAAGAAGUACCGGCACUCGAUGAGUGACAGCGGCUUUGCGUCUUCCGAUGCGUCCAGGCAAGUGCUACGCGUCGAAAAGUGCCACGUCAAGCUGAAGAGUGGUGGUGACCUGCCGGCUGACCGCACCGAACUCGACAUUGGCUUGGGCCCCAGCCUAAGCUCUGGCCUGAGCUCGGGCCUGAACAGACUCAGUUUUAGCCUGGAGACCGACGGCUUCCGGCUUGGUGGCCGAGAGCGAAGGCUGGGGGGACUGCUCGACCGUGUGGCUGGCAAUAUCGGCUGGCGUCGCAUGGGGUAUGAUGGUUCUAUGUGAACUGACGUUGCAGUUGUGCUGCGGUAUAGAAUGCACUUUGUCUUUUGGCAGAUGGAAAAAAAAAGAAAAAAAGUACCUUCACUAAGUAUUUACGCAGAUGAACGCUAGUCUUUCACAUGCUGAGCUAUUUGUAAUGUGACUAUAUAUUGUAAUGCCGCACUCAGUUUUUAAAAUCUUUUUUGAGGCCUAUUGCCAGCAAGAGUUUGUGCAAGAGAGAAACGCAGUCUCUUGUUUGCUUGCUUGAAGUUUGAACUGUGUUUUUGCAAACACAGAUCCAACACUUCACUCCAUUGAAGACAUUAAGCAAGUUUAGAAAUAAAGCUCCCAUAUUUGGGAACUCGUUGCAGCUUGCUAUUGCAGCUUGCUAUUGUAGCUUUGUUGUUGUUUUUGCUAAGUUUACGACUCUGGCUCACUGUGUACAAAUGUUUCUCUGCGUCCUAGCCCUGGCUUCCGACCUCAGGUUCUUGUUCUCGCGUCACAGGGCCAGUCUCGAUGGCCGUUGAAUGUUGAGCUUAACAAUGCCUAUAUGGACUUAUUCAAAGUUAUGGGGGCCUAUUGACAUAUUGCAACUGCCAUUGAGUAGGCUAAUAUGGCAGAGAAUUGGUGCUGCACUAGUUUAGUGCUUAUUAACAGAAAGAAAUGAGCUUCAAUUAUAUUUCAGCUGUGACUGCCGUCGGCAACCAUUGUGCCCUUGAGUGGUAAUACGAGAAGUGUGGCCUGCCCUUUGCAAGUGGGACUGUGCCUUCUAAUUUAAGUCCGCAGGCACGAGAAUCAACCUCACGGAAAAGGGAGAAUGAUUGUUGACGUUAGGUUCAUAUGUAUAUUUGAACACUCUAUGCUAUAUAUACUUGGCACUUAGGUUCUCAGUUCUUCUCAGUUCUAUUGUUUUUUGUUCAUUUUGGGGAUUUGCCCCAGGCAUAUGUAACUAAAAAAAAAUACGAACAAAAGUGGCAUCAAAAGUAUCAAAUGCUGUUGGCAUAACGUAAGCAAGCUGCUCAGAAGCAAGUAGUAAAGGUAGAGGUGCCUCAUGUUUGCAGCCUUGCCCAGAGUGGUAACUGGGGCAUUGUCUUUGUUAUAAUAGUGCUCUGUUUGUAACUAUGAUGCACAAGUAGAGCAUUAUUGGCUUAAAGUACAGAGUGACCUGUGAUUGACCUCUUGUCAUAUGUUGCAGGAACUUGAAGUUGCAGUCUUUUAGCAGUUUUUCAGUUUCUGAAGCAUUAUAUAAGUAUUUUAGUUCAUAGUUGUUGUGUCCUGUGGUGUCAGAAGAAAAGAAAAAAAGAAAAGGAAGUGCAAAUCUUACAAAUGUACACAGUAAUGGUAUUGUUUUUUCUUCAAAGAAAACCUGUUCAAGUUGAUAACACAGAUGUUAGAAAGAUCCCUAGUCAAGGUGAGAGCCUAUGUUCAACAGUUGGUACACCUUUUAUAUCAUCGACAUUUGCUAGGUUUCACAUAAUGCAUAACUAUGGACACGCUAUGUGGAGUACCGUGGCUGGUGUUCAGCAUAAACAACGAAAUACCUGAUGAUCACUGCUGCUUUUGCUGUGCUUCUUGGUAUAGAAAAAAAAAAAGAAAAAAAGAAAAAUAGAGAAGAAAAUGGGGGGUGGGGGGGGGGGGGGUUGUGAGAUGUAGCUCACCUCCUAAUGUUUCAGGAUACCCCUUUCGUAUCAGUGUUUGCACUUUGCAGAGGGGCCAUAUUAUUAUUUUAUGGGCCAUAGACUCAUUUUAGGGUAAGCUCUGUUCUCUGGUAAGUUGGAAAGUUGGAACAGUUCAGGGACCUUUAUUUAGAUCUCUAAUGCAAAGAGAUAGGUAGGUGGCCGUGUGAACCAGAGAGCUAUCAGGUGUAGGUGGUGUUGUUAAGAUUAAGAAAAAGAAAUGGAGUGGUGCAUAGGCUAGAUAACUGGUGGUCUAUAAGAGUAACAAAAUGUUUGCCAAGGGCAGGGAAAUACACUCAGUGGUGGCAGAAAAGUUGGCGGAGUUAGUGAUGUUACUAGGAAACUUGCAGGCAUAGGAUGGAGACAGUUGCCACAGGACAGGGGUAAGUUGAGAUUGCUAAGAGAGGCCUUCAUCCUGCAGAGGACCUAAAUAAUUAUUUUUUUAAAUAUAGAGGAGGAUUAAGCAAUGCUGCUGAUUAUCUUUUUCUCGUUUACUCAGUGCAGUCAUGUGAAGUUGAGCUCCUAGUAAUAUGAAUAGAAUUCUCAUGUUUCUGUUACAGGAAUACUACUGUAGCAGUCGUGAGAGAUUCAACUAGUGAAUUGUUUUACUGAAUACUACUACUGCUACGCGAGGCAAUAUCGCAAAUUGUGACUUUUCUCACUGUGCCAUUAAGAAAGAUUGACACUUUCUUUUUUUUUUUUGUGGAUCAUGUGUUCCUGUCAGUUUCCCGAAACUUGCUAGCAACAAUGGGCAACACAACCUUUAUGCUUUUAAAUAAAGUUCUAAGAGUGUGAACAGAUAUGUGCUUGGUAUGGAGAUCAUUGACAGAACAAAUUUUUCUUUUUAGUUCAGUUGAAUUGUUUAUAUUACAGGUGAACAAAAGGAAGGGGUCUAAAAAUAUAGGCAGCGUACAUUUUAUUCUCAAUUGUGUUCAGGAAAUGUGUGAAAGCCGAGCACUUUUUCUAACAGUGAUAUCUUGAACUGGCUAGCUGCAGUUGGAUUUUUGUGCAAAACAUGCUUUUAUCAUUGCACUAUUCACUGACCUGGUUCUCUUAGUUCUUCUUUGGCAGUGUUGCAUGUGAGGCCUUCUCAAUGUUACAUACUCAGUGUUCAGAAGCAUAACCCUCUUAAGGCAUGGAGUGUCAGUUCCUGCAAAAAAAGAAAAAAAAAAGAAGAAAACUUCUACAAGCAUUGCUCAACUACUUGAACAGGUACUCACUUAGUCAUUCUCUUUAGCACAAUUAAAAACUUUCAGGUGGCCUGUUAACUUCUCAUGUGUGGUCUGCAUGGCCUUCCCAACUAUACUAGCUCCCCUUUCCUGUACAAUCUUUAGGCAGCUCUCUUGUCUGUCCUCUCACAUAUUCAUCACAGCAGCACAGUGCAGCCUGUACGGAGGUGUGCUCUAUGUAUGGGGCCAGAGAACCCAACUUGACUUUGAGACCACUGCUGUAAAGCAAGGUGGCGUUGCUUAACCAGAAUAUGUAACCAUGCAAUCUAUAUCCACUCGUAGGUUUGACCUGCAUUUAGGUGCACAUUCUUUUGGACUGCACUUUAGCACGCUCGUUGGCUGUUGUAGUUUAAAGAAAAUGGUUUUAACUCUCCACAACAUUCAACUUCACAAUUUUCCUCAAACACAAACAGACAUGAAACGUAAUAUAAUGAACUUAGGUCUAGUAGAACUUGCAUUGUAACAGAACUUACCACUUCUUUGUGUCCUUAAUUGUUUAAUCAGCAGUCGUGUACUUCACUUUUUAACGAAGCUUUCUCAUAUCAGAUAGUAGUUUUGUCACGGAAUGAAACACAUCAACUCAGGCCCAGCUAAUUACGCAUACUUUAGUUUCCGCUGUUUCCAGUUCGUGUUACAUUGGUGUAGUUCUAGCUUUCAUGCCCAGAUGAAAGUUCAUGAUGCCACCUUUAGUGACUAGAUGCGUAGCUGUGUGAUGUAGCACUCUCGAGUUACUGCGCUUAUUGGGUGUUCUACCUUAAAAUUUCCAUGUCACGUUUUAUUCUGUUAGUGUAGCACAUGCUUUGGCAGCAACAGCAAAUGAAAAAAAAAAAAAGAGAGAGAAAGAGAGCCGGUAAUAGGAAAUCAAUUAGAAGGUGUCCUGUAAAAGGCUUUAAAUUACUUAUGCACAUACAAAGACAAAGGUUCGCAGGCAGGUGGAGACGUGACAUGUGUGAUCAUCGGUGGGGGAACUAGGAAUGUCGCUGGAGGCAAUGUUUCGUCAAGGGGACUUGCCUUUGUCGGGGCAAUUGUUUUGCCACUCUGUGUAAACGUUGGCCCCAUUGGCAUCCCCUUUCGACCACUGGUGAUCAGUUUAUGUGCUAUGGUUGCUGCAGAGGGUUUUGUAGGAUACUUGGAACCGUGAUUAAUGUACACAGGAUCCCACUUUUAGUGGUAACAAGCAAGCAAGUGUAUGGCUGUCAAAUCUUACCCCUGAUGUGCGGCAGGGGCCACAGCGGUAACCAAACAUUUGUGCACUACCUCCAGUAGUGGGCUACUGUGUACAGUAAAGUGCUAUCGUAAGCACCUCUGUGCAGUAUUGCUUUAUAAAACUGCGAUAGUAUGCUAUUGACUGGACUGAUCAACUAGUUCGAGCAAGUUUACGAGAUUUCUAUUUGUGCUCUCAUUGUCGGCAAGACCAGCACAAUCUUAGCUGCAAAUGUUCGCCGUGAAAUAGUGAAACAUGCAUGUUAGUAAUUUCAUCUUGGUAAUGUGAAAACACUGCCCUAAAGCACAUGCUGUAUUUUCACGAAUAUGUAUAAUGCAGGGGGUGACUAUUGAUUACCAAGGAAAUAAGUAGUAAUAUCAUUAUUGCAAUGCAAAACAUCGCCACGAGCUUAAAUUAGAAUGUUUUAGUGUACUGUGAUGUGCGACAGUGUUUGCACGUACCAAGGCCGCGCAGACGUGUUUUGAAGUUGAUCAUCUGGACCUCCGAACCGCUACGCAUUGUCACUCUCCUUUCCCUUUUGCUUCUCUCUCACUUCCUUGCAGUUGUGUGCUCCCUCCUGUGCAUGUGCAUAUCUAUUCUGCCCUACGACAUUGCGAGGUUGGCUUUUCUGCAAAACUUAGUUAUCAGGUGGUUGAGCUUGCCACAUUUUAAAGCGUGAAAUGUACUGGGUUUCAGUUGACAGUUGGGUAUGGUAGGGCAUUGUUUCAAGUACUAUGCAAGGUACCUUCUCAAGCUGGUUAUCUCGUGAAAGAAAAAAAGAAACAAUCUGCUAUUUCAUUCACGUAAAUAGUGUAGUUUUCGCUCCUGUUGUCAUUUUUUUCCCCUCCUGUUGUCAAGCUGCAUAAUGGUACCAAGUGCGCUUACCUCGUAAAUUAAGUCUUGCCUUUAUCAUACAGGUUAUAGCCAAGGCGUGACUCCUUCAAUGCAUUGCCUUAAAGAUUUGUAUAGACGUCAAGUAUAGAUAGGUGAAAAAGAAAGAUGAGAAACUAAUGAUAUACCACAAGACAACACUCGUGCUAUAUGCAAGAAAAUGCAGUUUUACACAGCUUGUAGCCUUAACCUCGUUGACUGUGGCCUUUCUGUUGGUGCAACCAAUGUGUUCCACAUUGAAUGCUCAUGAAUGCCUUUGCUACUGAAAAUUUUGCCUUAUAUGUAUGCCUUUCAAGGUAGUUGCUGCUGAUAAGGAUGGAAAUUUGGGAAGGUUGGUGAGUCGUGUUGGAAUUAUUUAUAGUGCUAACAGGCCAGGACUUAAAGAGAAGACAUAGGACGACGCAUGGAAGCGCUUUAUGUGUCUUACUUCUUUUCCUUCUGUCCCCGUCCAUUAGUGCUAGAAACUGUUCCAAUUGCUGCCGCUUGUUCUUGCCAGUGCUUCAUACUUUCUGCUGUAAAAGGGGCCCUGAAAUGCCUUCAUUCAUUGUUCGCUCUGUUUUAGUUCUUUGUAACGCCGCACCUUCACAUAUAUAACCCACUUUUGCAAUAAGUUGCCUCAGCAUAUUACAGCGCUCAAAUAAGAAAAAAAAAUGACUUUGUAUCUGUGGUGCUAACAGUGUGUUUGCUUAAUACGUCUCCAGGCUGCUAUGUUUGAUUUGUGCAGUUCUGUGAACGACAUGUUAUAGGGGUUGUGCUGCAUAGGUUGGGAAAACAAUCACGUGAAUUAAAGUUGCAAUCUGCAUAAAGCAGAUUCUCUUGCGUCUUGCUUUUUGUGUGUCGGUGGUUCAUCAGCUCUGUAGUGUUGAAUGCGGCCUUCAGCUAUUGCCUCUUGGCAGCUAUGUGUGUAUGUGUGUGUGCAGAGCUGCGCUGCACUGAAUUCUUGCGAAUUUCCGGCGCCUACUAAAAUUUUAGCUCUGUGAUUUCAGAAUCGUUGAGGGUAAUGCACUUGCUUUAUGUAAUAACUAAGGCAGACAAAAGCCGGUCAACACUUCUACAUAAUAUGUGAGGCACUGAGUGCGAAUAGAUAGUAAGCAUGUUUUCGUCUGUCCUGUUGAUACCGCAGGAGUUGUUUGGAUAACUAAUAACUACAGUGGAAGCCAAGUUGAUGUAUUAUUUUCCUUGGUUUCCAUUGUGGCAUUUCCCAUUAAUUGCGGCAACUGCGGUUAUCAGUGCAUUUGGCUAAAGCAUCUGAGGCCUUCUUGUUUUUAGUGAUGUCUGGCAGAUUUUCCUGUUUUUGAUGAUGUAAUAGCAGGUCCAUUAAUUGUGUGACGUCUUGUAGACACAGAGCUACGAUUGUUGAUUCUGUCGUAUUGAAUGCAUUCUGUGUCAUUGGCCAGCUUGGCUAAUGCACCAGCAAUGACAAGAACUGAGUGAGUGUCCUAGAAACAAAAAAAUUGCAGAUUUGAUUAGAGGUGUUUCAGGGCCCCUUUAAUGCUUACUGCCUGCCUUGUUUUACUAAGUGUUGAUGCUCCGUCCGACUUGACAUGAAAAUCAUGUCAAAAUUGCAGCUAUUUUUGUAAAAGCUGUGUGUUUUCCAUCUUGUUUGCGCAGUGAUGGGAUGCCACUUUCUUUGGUUAGUGAUUAUGGAACAUCACGUUCUGCAGAUAUACUCCUUUUUUUUUUUAAACAUGUGUCAUACUUGCCUUGUGCCCUUGAAAUACUAUGUCUCUUCUCAUUGAACUUGAGAAACUUUGCUUCUUUCAAAAUAUCAGUUCUGCAGAGAGCUAGUUUGUGGCCAACAAAAAUGUACAGGAGCAUUUGAUGAAGGGAAUCUGGCUUAUUUGCAUAAAUGAAUGACAGUUGUGAUAUAACAGGCAGCCAGCACGCUGCAACAGCGGGGGAGCCUGAAACCGCAGCGCACUGGCUGCCCAUUGCUGGGUGACAUAAGCAGAACGUUGCCUCGAGGGGUGCGGCUUUGCGCUCGCUACAGCCUCGCAGUUUCAGUUUUGUGCACUCUGAUAGCUAAAAUUCGUUGUGCCAUGGUUCUGCGGGCAAUCGCAUUUUUCCAUAUCCAAAAGUUGAUAUGGCUUGUAGGGAGAGCUCGCUUCAAUUUCCCAAUUACGAUGAGCCCACUGAAACUAAAUAUAUAAAAGUUAAUUGAUGCAUUUUUGUUAAUUAGCGACUAAUUACCCUGUAUCACCCGUCACUCCGUGGUUGCCACCACUGAUGACACAUCUCCGAAGGAACUGUCCCUUUAAUUCAAAAUGGCUAUUUUUAAAUAUUACUUCGUCUUUGUAGAAACACCCUGUAUAUUUAAAUGGUAUGACACAGGAUGGGGAAAUUGCACUGGUCAUUUCUUCUACACCUAGAUGUAUAGACCAGUUCAACAGCACCUUAGGAAAUUAACUUACUGUUAUUAUUUGAGGUAACAUUUUACUGGGCAUUUAAGCUUGUGUACUUAUAUUUAAAGUGCACGUUAAAAAGCCCCAGGUGGUGAAAAUUAAUCCGGAGUCCCCCACUACAGCAUGCCCAGGGGUGGGACUCCUGCGCCGAUUGCACAUUUUCGAUACAGACGCAAAUUCCUGCACCAAACUGCGCCAAACACAGAAAAUUGACCAAAAUUGCACCAUGCUGCGCCAGAACGGCUUCGGCAGUGGCCGUGAACAGCGCGCGGAUUCGUUCUCCGAAAAAGAGUGCAGCCAUUCACAUUACCACCGUGUGACGGCACCUCCCGCAGAGUUUCUUGUAAUUUUCGUGCUUAUGACAAUGGACUUUUCGGUGCUUCCGGCUGGCGCACGCGCGGCCACUGCUGGCUGUUGUUGCUGCUGUCGGAACGGCUAGGGCGGCUGUGUUUAGAGUGUGCUAGGAUACGGUUGAGUGGGCUGAGCAGUGCAGCGCUCCCUAGCUGAGGUGCAAAGCAACAAAAAGCAGGCUGAGAGCGCUGCGAGCGAACUAGAUAUUUCGGAGGCACGCGCUGCAGCGGGGGGUGAAGCGGGCCGGCGUCUGUGUCCCCAAGGCCGGUAUAACGUAAAACUAUUUCAAUCUGUUAUUAUGCCUAUAUGGGUGAGGCGUGAGCCAUUUUGACCUAUCACAAAGGGCCAAUAGUAGAUUUGGAAUAAAAAGUCACAGUAUCGCCUGAACGGCGAAGCAUCGAUUGCGACAGUAAAUUAGUGGGCAGCUAUACAAAGCAAGGCUAGUAGUUUUAUCGGCCGUAUAAAAAGCAUUGGCAAACUAACCAAAUUAACAAGCAUGGUGUCACGCACGCACAGGCAAGCAGGAACACAUCUCACUCGACUACUGCAGAAAUUCGCUGUGAAAACGCUGGAGUGAGCGAGCGCGGCAGCAGCAACGAGUGAAUUCACCUAUGUGCUUGCGGCCUCGCUUCAACGCGAACUAAGUGGUGAAAACCAGCGCACACGAAGCUAUUAGCACUCACACUAUGUCCCUAUCGCAGAUCGCUUUCAAGAUAGGGCCCGCGCAGCCGCGCCAUAUGCAGCAGCAGCUGGAGUAAAACGACCCCUCCCCCUGGUGCUUUGCGCGCGAUGGAAGAUGGCGCGCUUCGUCCCUGCUUUCCUCACUCGCGCGUGCGAAAUUGAGCCGCCAUCGUCGGCUCACCCUUGUCGGCUCACCCUUGUCGGCUCAUCCUCACGCUUUCACUCGCACAUACAGUAUAUGGCCCCUGGACUUUGUAUGGAACAUCAUGGCGACAGCUACGCCAGAAAUGCGCCUGGAGUGUCCAUAUAAUCGCAACAAAAACGGAUCGGAAUAGUUUUACAUUAUACCAGCCUAGGGUGGAUUGUGGCUCUCUCAGUCUGCAGUGACAUUUGGUGACCCAGAAGUUACGUUACAGAGUCGAUUGGACUGCAUAAUUUGAGAACAUUUUCCGCUAUUGUCAUGAGCGUAUAGGCACGGGAAUAUAUAGUUUGAUCGUUGUACAACCGAUCUUCCCUGCUUUACAAGAAAGCAUGGGCCGAGCCACCGCUCAACCCACUCUUCCAUAUUCUAGUACGCUAUAGCUACAAAGUGCGCUUCUACUACGAGCUUUCUGUUGGGUUAUUCUGUGUCUUGUCGUGGUUUCGAAGUGCACUGCCAUAUUCCAUUAUUCCACCAAAAUUCAGAUUGGCCUGCUCCAAACUGCUUCAAUAUGAAAUUUUAUCUGCUCCAAAAUGAAAUUUAGUCUGCUCCAAGCUGCUCCAAAAUACUAUUUUGUCUGCUCCAAACUGCUCCAAAACGCAUUUUGACCUGCUCCAGAAAUUGCGCCAAAAUUACUUUGGCCAGUCCCACCCCUGCAUGCCUCAUAAUCAGAUCGUGGUUUUUCCACGUAAGAUCCUGAAAUUUAAUUUUUACUGGUCACAAAGGACAGGUCGGCACUACUCUUGCUUCAAUCAAAUGGUAUAUUUCUGAAACCUCGUGUAAAAAUUCUAGUAAAUCAUAAUUUUCUUAAUAAAUUGCUUGUGAAUGUUUGGAAAUUGAUGAGAACUAUAAUUUUACUCUCGAUAACAUGUUCUUAUCCUAGCGGUCUUAGUCUUCUCUCUCCUCCUUUUUUUUUAAACAAAUACUACUCAUGUAUAUUCUGUAAUCAGUUUAAUUAUGAAGAAGGCUGCUUAAUUAUGAACCAGACUGCCAUAGCAAUCACAGUGUUAAAUUAAACCUUGAGGCCACCAACUAGCACUGUUUUAUUCUGCACCACACUUCUACGGCUCUUUCUUUCUUCCUUCCUUCCUUUCUUUUUUUUUCUUUUAUAUUUGUGAAGAUUUGAAGAAUUCGUGGCUGUUGUGGCAUUGUAGAGCCAGUGUUUAUGAGAUGUCCUUGUUUUGUUCUGCAGAACAGUGUUUUAGUCUGUAUCACCAUGAUCUGUAUAGAAAUUGUUGCACAACCAUGUUAGUUGCUUGGCAUUUUUGCUUACAUGCAUAUAUAAAAUCUUCGUUACAGUGCCAUAGAUAUUUGAAUAAGUACAUGCUUUGACGUUUAUGGUCUUAUUUGGAUGAACUGUUGGUCAUAUCGCGGUUUUCGAAAUAUGUGUAACUAUAUUAUUUUGUCGUUCUGUACAGUGGCAUAUUGUGUGCAUCAGGCACUCGCUUCGUUUACAUUUAUUUAUUUAUACCUGCUGCUCGUUUUGUUUAUUGUUCUUUGUUUUAGGUGAUAUUGGGGUAAGUCGGGACGUUACAGUGGGUACCACCUGUAAAUAUUAGUGCGUAUUAUUACAACGUUCAGUAUUGGUUUGUUGCUGUAGUGAUCUAUAGUAGUUAUUGCUUUCGUUUUUAGAGAAGUUUAUUACUUUUAUGUGCUUACUGGGGCAAUAAAGAAUACUUGUUUCUCAC